UCUGAAGUCGGCGCUCAAGAAGGGCACGGCGCGUCGGAAGCGACAGGUGGUGAUCGACGAGGCUCGAAACACGUACUGCGAGGCCACCAGCUUCUUCUUCGACGACGUGCCGCUAACGGAGCGGGGCCGGCGGGUCGCCUUCGGCCGGCCCCAACCGACGAAGGCGGCGACCGCAGGGGUCGGCACCGACGUGGACGCCGCGCGGCUGUCGGAGGCGGCGACGACGGCGGACAAGCCUGGCGGUCACAAUGCCGUCGAAAGCCCUCCGGAGACCGAAGCGGAUACAGCACACCUGGCGGACAUUAGCAACACCUUUAGUUCGCAACACGUCCGCAAGAUCCCCUCGCCACAGACGCUGGUCACGGCUCUGCUGACAGACAGCCUACGCGCGAUGGCGCCCGCCGACUUGAGAGACGACGGUCGGCAGCUCUGGAGGCCGAAUCUCCCCGAUGUGGUGACGGAGAGCGUGGAGGGAGACGGCAGAAACGAUGCGACAGUCUCGUCCGUCGAAUCCGACGCGUCGGUCGCGCUCGGAAAGCGAGGGGACACGUCCCCGACACCGGCGCAGGAGGACACGGGACCAUAUGUCUUCCGGGUGAUUAGAGACGAAGACAUCACCGAGUUAGGCGUGGGCGGCCAGAGAGUAGGCCACGAGGAGCCGUCUCUACACGAGGCGACGGUGGCGCCAUCAGAAUCCGUGAAGCUGCUUCCUGCCCCGCUGCAGUAUUCGGACAUCAGUCCCGAGACGCCGGUCCCCGUGUUCAUCCCCGAGCCGGAAAUCGACUCUGACGGGGUCGACUCUCCGCGGAAACCGGCGACGACAACGACUGCGGACGACCGUGGAGGCGUUGUUCGGUCUCAGCCAGCGUCGGACAAGCCGCCGCCGUCGGCGCAGCGUGCCCACCCGACGCCAGCGGACUCUCCCGCCCAGUCGAGUCCGGACGAGUCGCUGGACUCGGACUCCUCCCCUGCCGCGGACGGUGCGGUGACGAGCGUGGGCGCCGACAUCGAGCUGAGCGCGUCGCCGGUCGGUGAGCCAGGGUCCCCCGAGCGGUUCUGGAGCGUGACGCCCGGCACCCAGCCCUACGCCGGACCCGAGCCGCCGCCGCCGACGUGGGUCGACCACCACCAUUCGCCUCCGGUGGAGCGCUCGCUCCGCCCGAAGGACGUUCCUCCCAGCCAGGACGACGACCUGCGCGGUCGCGAGGACGAGCUGGCCGGCUUCUUUGUGCAGGUGCGCUCCCCUCAGUCAGUGCAGCGUCACGCCCAGCCGUCGGCGCAGACCCAGCACGAGCGGGUGGAGCCGAGGUCUCCGCAGCAGCACUGGCCGAUCGGGUACCCGGAGACGACGGCCUACAUCCGCCAGAAGCAGCUGACGCAGGCCGACUAUCCGCUGGCCGGACUUUCAGGUGGCGACGCCGCCAACCAUUCCAAGAUGGUGUCGUAUGCCAGCAGGCGUGACCUGCUGCAGCAUGUUCAUGAUGUCUGA